CACACAGUCACACACUAGACACUUGUUAAUAUACAUCGCAUUAGACAUAUGGCAUCAAAUGUUGCUAUUAUUAAUGGUAUACAAGGUACCUAUAACAUACAGGAUGGAUUUCUCUUUUUCCAUGCUGCCGGGGGUACCUUUAAGUGGUCCUUUGCAACAUGGCUUAAAUAUGAGAAAUCAAAGAAGAGUGCUAAGGUCAGGAUCCGAUUUACUGAAGGUCCUCUUAAAUUAGCGGAAGAUGAAUCGAAUUCCAGUAUAUUGGAGAAGGAUGUGAUAAUUGUUGAUUUUGGCAAUGACCGUGAUACUCUAGAAGCGUUUUGCAGUUUGAUUUCUGCUCAAGGGGCUGCUGCACAGGUUGAAAGCACUUCUCAAGCUACUGCUGGUCCUGGUUCGUCCAAGAAGGACGAAGAUGCCUCGGCACCUGUGAAAGCUCCAGUGGCCAAGGAGCCUGUGAACGAGUCCAUACAAAACAAUCGUAAAAAGGUGUUAGAAACUAAUCCAGAUAUAGCUCAACUAUAUCAGCAAUUGGUUUUAUCUGCUGAUGGCGUUGAGGAGGGGGUGGUAUCCGCUGAGGACUUUUGGAAUCACCACAGUAUAGAUUUGCUUGCAACUCUGAGUCAAUCAGAGGCGCCAUCGCACUUGGAUGGCUUUAUCGCAACACCCCCUAUAAAUGAAUUUGUCAAUGGUCAGCGUUUAUAUAGGUACACUCCUGAACUGGGCAAGGCCCUCUUGAACGAGGAUGCCACUAUUCGCGCUCUUCACAAGCAGUUCGUGCUUGGUAAGCAGUAUCCUGAGGAAAGCUUUUGGAAGCGAAUAUUGCAAUCACGUCACUUUUACUACUUGAUUGGUGAGAAGAUUCCUGAAAACCAGAUCCUUUAUGACGAGAUUAAGGGUACUCCCAUUAAACCUGUGGUAACGGUGCCUCCCUCUGCUAGCAAUGUACUUGGCAAGGUGGAUAUCCAUAGUGACCUGAUCCGUCUAGAUGACUUAAAGAAGCGCAGGAAGAUUUCGCAAUCUGUCAAACAGCUCCUUGGUAGGAAUUUUGAGCCCGACUACAGGGCAACGCUGUUCGAUCGGUUUAACGCGCAUGGUGCCAAAAUCAUUGACACAUGUAAGGAUAGCGGCGCUGACACUGGAUCUCUGGCAAACUUGCAGGUUAUCGAGGAUCGCGCUGAGGGCGAGCGCAAGCGGAAGAUUGCUGACGUCGUAUGUCAUGAUCUUAUUGGAUCCCGCUUGCUUGGCGACCCUGGUAACGAUGAGCUGUGCAUUAUAAGGUCACUCAACAUGCCGGGUGACAGCAUUGAAGGACAGGACCUAGGAGAUCAACAAAAUACCACUUCAAAUGCGCGCUCUACGAGUGAUAUUGUCGCUGAUACACAGGGAUGGCUGGCUGAGAUGCGUGAGUUUGACAUACUGAAACACGUGAGGACGUCAUUGUGUGAUGACUACACCAACAGACGCAUGUUCAUUCUGAAUACAAAGUUAUGCCAAUCCGAGAAGAUUACUCAGACGGUGCCGUUGGAAUACGACACGUUGACUAUAAGUAAGAUGCGCCAGUUCCAAUUGAGCAUUAUGGAGAUUCUUCAGAUAUACUACAAGACGUUAUUGCCCGAGGAGCACAAGCGAUUGAAGUUAUUGUUGGCUAUUCGUCAGAUUAAGCAGAACAUUGAGAGUCAGCAGGACUUUGUUGGUUCCGCCCAUGCAGCCAAAGCUCUGCAGACGGGUUUGAUGAACCAGAUAACUGCUGUUGAGGUAUACGAUGCAAAGUUGAAGGCUUACGUUGCCGGUCUCCGUAACCAAGCGCAGCAGCGCAUGUCACAACCCCGUUAAUCUAUGCCUACUGGUUACUAUUUCCACUGAGUACUAGGUGCGAUGACUUGGAUUCUGCUUGGUGUGU